ACGUCGGACGGAGGACGCGGAUCCACCUCGACAAACUCCUUGCUUUCCUCCACCAUCACCACCACCAUGAAGAUCGCGGUCCUCACGUCGGGCGGCGACAGCGCCGGCAUGAACGCCGUCGUCCGCGCCAUCGUCAAGGCUGGCAUCCUCAGGGGAUGCGAGACAUGGAUCGUGCGCGAGGGGUACGAGGGCCUCGUGCGCGGAAACACGGAGUACGAAGAGCUGCACGGCAACACAUGCUACGAGAGCCCGGCGCCGAAGCUGCCAGUGCUGCCCGACAUUCCCGCGGACAGCAAGAUCUUGGCCAAUCUUCGCUUUGGAGAUGGGCCCUUGUUGCGGGAUGGGACGGCCGACUUGGCUAGCGGGCGAACGCUGAAGGGUAGAUACAUCGUCCGCGCGGGAUGGGAUGAUGUGCGCGGAUGGUUUGCAGAGGGCGGCACUCUGGCCGGAACGGCGCGAUCACAGACAUUCCGCACGCCUGAAGGUCGUCUUCAAGCUGCCUACAACUUGAUCAAAGAGGGAAUUGACGCCCUUGCCGUUUGCGGUGGAGAUGGCUCUCUCACCGGCGCGGACGUCUUCCGCUCCGAAUGGCCCUCUCUCGUCGCCGACCUUCGCUCGCAAGGCAGAAUCACGGAGGAACAGGCCAUCAAGCAUGGACACCUCAAGAUCGUCGGUCUCGUUGGGUCUAUCGACAACGACAUGUCCUUGACGGACUUGACUAUUGGCGCGCCUACGGCUCUGGCGCGCAUUUGCGAGGCUAUCGACAACAUCAACUCGACGGCUGCUAGCCACUCGCGCGCCUUCGUGCUCGAGGUUAUGGGCAGACAUUGCGGCUGGCUUGCCCUGCAGGCGGCUUUGAGCGGAGGCGCCGACUUCCUCUUCAUUCCCGAGCGGCCACCUACAGUCAAUCCUUGGGAGGAUGAGAUGUGCGAAGCUAUCAAGCGUCACCGCGAGAUCGGCAAGCGCAAGACCAUCGUCAUCGUCGCGGAGGGCGCUCACGAUUCCGAUCUGAACCCCAUCAAGGCCGAGUACGUGAAGGACGUCCUCACUGAGCGCCUUGGUCUCGACACCCGUGUCACGACCCUCGGGCACACUCAGCGUGGCGGCAAGCCGGUCGCAUUCGACCGUAUUCUACCCACAUUGCAAGGCGUAGAGGCCGUCGAGGCGCUUUUGGAGGCGAACCCGAACACCCCGUCCUACAUGAUCGGCAUCCAGGAGAACAAGAUCACGCGCGUUCCGCUCAUGGAGGCGGUUGCGAUGACUCGCGCAGUGGCGGACGCUAUCAAGGUCAAGGACUUUGAGAAGGCGAUGUCCUACCGUGAUCCGGAGUUCUGCGACAACCUUGACGGUUUUCAUACCGUGUCCGAGUUGUUCAAGGAGAAGCGUUUGCCGCCUGAGAAGCGGAUGCGUAUAGCUAUCAUGCACAUGGGUGCUCCCGCUGGUGGCAUGAACGCGGCAACGCGUACCGCCGUUCGCUACUGUUUGAGACAAGGGCACACCCCUAUCGGCAUCCACAACGGCUUCCCGGGUCUGCUCGACGAUGAUCUGCUCGAAUUAUCGUGGCUCGGCGUCGACAACUGGGUGUCUCGUGGCGGCUCCGAGCUGGGCACGAACCGCAAGCUGCCCGACAUGGACAUCGGCGCCGUCGCGUCCAAAUUUCAGGAGUAUGGCUUCGACGCGUUCAUGAUGAUCGGCGGCUUCGAGGCCUUCUCUGCGCUGCUUAUCCUCGACACGAACCGCAAGCACUACCCGGCGUUCAACAUCCCCAUGGUUCAUCUGCCCGCGACGAUCAGCAACAACGUGCCGAUGACGGAGCACAGUCUGGGCAGCGACACGAGUUUGAACGCGCUCGUGGAUGCGUGCGAUGCCAUCAAGCAAAGCGCAAGCGCGAGUCGCAACCGUGUGUUCGUUGUGGAGACGCAGGGUGGCAGAUGCGGGUAUAUCGCGACGGCGGGUGCGCUGGCGACCGGUGCAUCCCUUGUCUACACGCCCGAGGUUGGCAUUGGCCUUGAUACUCUGCGCCGGGAUGUGCGUUACCUCAAGGCGCGCUACGCGCUCGAUGAGAAAGGCAAGAGCGAGGGUCGCAUCGUCAUCCGCAACGAGAUCUCGUCCGAAGUCUACACUACGGACGUCAUCACGCGCAUGCUAAAGGAGGAGGGCGGCAAGCUUUUCGACUCGCGCUCCGCGUCGCUCGGGCACACGCUCCAGGGUGGCGUGCCCUCGCCAAUGGACCGCUCGCGUGCGGUGCGCCUCUCGCUGAAGUCGAUGGCGUUCCUCGAGCGGUACCAUGAGUUGUUGAGGCAUACGCCGAGGCAGCUCCGCCACGCGCCGGAGGAGAGCGCGGCGGUAAUCACGAUCCAGUCGAGCUCGAUCAAGUGGGUGCCGGCGCAGGAGAUGCUGCUGCACGCGGAUAUGCACAACCGGAGGGGGAAGACGGCGUGGUGGACGGGGCUGAAGGACCUGGCGGAGGCGCUGGCCGGUCGCCCGGAGUUCGUGAAGGUCAAGUUGCCCGAGUAAUGGCGCGGUUUGGACGAGGCGAAGGAACUUUGAAGGAAUUGAAAAAGUGUAACAACAUCUGCUUAGAAUUUAGAGUGUAGAGUAUUGUACUUGAACUGCUUGUUCUAGUAGCUCAGGAGUAUGCCAACGAUGCCCCUUUUUCUGCAAACGAAGCAAUCG